UUUAUUUUUAUUGCUUCUCCUGGGAGUUUUUCAGAGACACCCAAAGCCACACGCCAAGAAGGGAUUUAAAAGUUUGACGUGGUGGAAGUAAGCACCAUAUACUGUAGCUAGCCACUGAGAUCAGAGCAGCGGACCUGUGCCACCUUGGAUUUGGCCCCUGGAGCAGUGAAGCGGGGAACCUUACAAUGGCUGACCCUACAGUCUGUCACCCUAAUGCAACAGUCUGCGAAGGAGCAUCAUGUGUGGUCCAAGAAGAAAAUGCCAAUGCCAUUCUGAGCCUAGUCAUGAGUAUCGUGAUGACCAUCCUGCUGGCCCUGGUCAUGUUCUCUAUGGGCUGCAAUGUGGAAAUCAAGAAAUUCUUAGGUCACAUAAUGCGGCCUUGGGGCAUCAUUAUUGGUUUCCUCUGUCAGUUUGGAAUCAUGCCCCUCAUGGGCUUCAUCCUGUCGAUAGUCUUUGGCAUCGCCCCCAUCCAGUCUGUGGUGGUGAUCAUCAUGGGCUGUUGCCCUGGAGGAACAGCUUCCAAUAUCCUCACCUAUUGGGUGGAUGGUGACAUGGACCUAAGGUAAGAGAUCUGCACCUCCAACUCUCUUGACCACUUUGGAAACCUGCCACUUUGCCUGUUAAUCUAUACCAAAAUAUGGGUCGACACCGGGAGCAUCGUUGUUCCCUUUGAUACCAUAGGUAUUUCUUUGGUCACUCUUGUUAUUCCUGUUUCCGUGGGAAUGUACGUUAAUCACAAAUGGCCCCGGAUAGCCAAGAUCAUACUUAAAAUCGGGUCGAUCUCAGGUGUGAUUCUCAUUGUACUCGUCGCCGUUAUUGGAGGAAUAUUGUACCAAAGUGCCUGGGUCAUCGAACCCAAACUGUGGGUGAUAGGCACGCUCUAUCCAAUAGCCGGUUACGUCCUAGGAUUUUUCUUGGCUAGAAUAGCUGGGCUGUCCUGGCAGAGAUGCCGCACGGUGGCCCUGGAAACGGGAAUGCAGAACAGCCAGCUGUGCUCCACCAUUGUGCAGCUCUCCUUCAGCCCCGAGGAGCUCAACCUGGUGUUCACCUUCCCGCUCAUCUACAGCAUCUUCCAGCUCGUGUUCGCAGCAAUCCUGUUAAUAGUUUAUGUUGCAUACAGGAAAUGUAAGAGGAGAAAUGAUGGGGAAAUUCCAGAGAAAAAAGAUGACAAAACACAGUCUGAGUCAUCCUCUCCAAAGAUAAAUGAAGGAUUUCAACCAGACUCUUAAAAAGUACAUACAACGUAGGCAAAAAGAAGCAUGCUAAAGAACAUUCUUCAACUAAAAGUAUACUUGAUUAUUGGUCUUGGUGGGAAAGCUAGUAGGAAAAAAUUCAAGAGCAAAUUUGAAUUAAACCUCUAUAUAUUUAUUUUGGUACAAAGGGACAUGUGCUCCAAUUAUUUAAUGUGCCAAAUAUUGUCUCAUAUAUAUAUGCUUCAUUUAUACAUAUCUAUACAUACACAAAUAGAUAUAGAUGUUCUUCAUAGCCAAAUCCACAGAUGUCCCAAGUUUCAAGUCCAUUCCAAGUGUUUUGAUGUAUUCCCCAUACCCUUUAAUUCAUCUCUAGAUCACAUAUAAUACUUAAUAUAAAUAUCUAAUAUGUGGUGUAAAUAGAUGUUAAUACUGUAUUGUUUAGGAAACAAUGACAAGAAAAGAAUCUGUAUAUGUUCAGUACAGAUCCAGUAUUUAUUUGAGUAUUUUUCAUUUGCAGUAGUUGGUAAUGUCUAUAGGUAAAGGAACCCACAGAUGAGGAGGGCCAGCUCUGGGCUGCACACGCACUGUGACAGGAACAGCUCUUGCUGUUGCCUUAGGUCCAGCAUGGCGUGGGCAACACUGGGAACUUCAUAACACAUAGACUGAACUCUAAUGCAGGAUCUUGGAACCCAGAAAUGAAGCACUUUUUGUAUGUUAAGAUAGAUAUAAUAAAUUAACAUUGUGAAAUGAUCAAGAGUUUCUUCAGUACUUAUGACUGCAAAGAGAUUGACCCAAAUGUGUUUCACUGAUCUCUUAAUCAUUGUUUUGAAAACUUUGUAACAUUUUUAUACAUAGACACAUAGAUAUACAUCUAUAUAUAAAUAUGUAAUAUAUAAAUACAUAUCUCUAUAUAAAUACAAAAAUCUGUGUAGAAUAACAAGUGCAAAUAUUUGAGUUCUUGUUUUAAAAAUAGACUGCUGUAGUGACCACACAAAGCACCAAUGAAGGAAGUAUUAAGUAACAUUCAAUUGAAAUCAGGCUCUUAACUCAUCAAGGAUAUUGUAUACCUGUUGUGCCAUCUCUGGUGUCCACAGAUUCUUAGAUGUUUCAAGGGGAAAAAAUGAAUUGUUUCUAAUGAUCUGAAUUUGGCAAAUAGCUCUCAACUUUACAGAGGGACUUCUUCAAGAUUUACCUGUGUAGCUUUGAUCCUGAUUGGCUCAAGUGACAGCUACUCCCCAGCAGGAUUCGUGUAGGGAGGAGGGAAAAGGUGCAAAGACAGGAAAGGGCACAGGGAGAAACACUCUAGUAUAUGCAUUGCCACAAUAGGAUACAAUGGAAAUGCAUAAAAAGAACAAAUAACUGAAAUAGAGUUGAAGCAUUCAACAGAGUACUUUGGUGUACAGCAGGAAGUAGCAGCAAGAAAAAUCAAUCAGGAAGAGACCAGAGAUUGAAUAUUAAUCACUAUCAAAAAAGAGGACACCUUUCCUGGCCAAGAAACAGAAAGGGUGUUUCCAGGUGAGUCUGUGGCUGCUGGGAGUAGUUGCAGCCAGUGGAAAUAAGAAGGACAUGACAGACAGAGCAGCCAUUCAAGGAUGCCGAGGACAUCGGUCACAGGCUGCACUAUUCAAUUAUGAGAUCCAAUUUAAUUUCCUUUCUCUCAUUCUGCAGAAAGAUGCAUGCAUGUAACUAGCUCAGUCUUUAGGUUUGUGUCUGUGUUCUGUUUAGUUAUUUCCAUUGCCUCAUGGGCUCCUUUCAAAUUGUUUUGGCUUCAAAAAACUGAGUGAUACAAGUUCAAAAUCUUCUGGUGCACAGGAAGAUCACAGGAGCAGAAAUUCAAUUUAGUUCUUCCAGAGAAGGGAUGCAGGUUUCUGCUAUUAGAAGUUGAACACUGAUGUCAUUUAAUACAAUGUUCACAUUUACAUUUGGAAAAUGACCCUUUAUUAUUCCAACAUUACAUCAUAAACUAAUAAUGAACUCUAACGAUGAACUAAAGACGUUCUUAAAAGAUAGUGGAAGAAAGAGUAGCACCAGCACUGCUUCACGCAGGCUUUUGGAAAAUAAAGUUCUACAGAAACAAAAGCUUUUCAGGAGGACAAGGGAAUUGCAAGGCAUCUAAAGGGUGGGGUAGCCGAUGCCCUCUUGUACAGUGCCACUAUGACUCUCACAGUGGGUGGAACGGUGUAUGCCAUAGACCGGCUGGCUGUGGCAUUUCCCAAGAAGCUGGAGUGACUUCAGGCAAUUCAGUCAUUACGUGGCUCAGUGCCAGUUGGCUCUCUGGAUCAGUAGUAUGAUAAAUAACUGCGCUUUUCUUUGGGGAUCAAUAUUUAUGGAUUUGUACUAAUUGUCACCAAUACAGCAGCCUUUACCAAAACAAAAAAAAAAAAGAGAGAGUAGUGAUUCUCUUCAUAGAGAACGCCAAUGGCCUCCAAGGAUACUAAAGGAAGACUUCCAUUCCAGCUGUUAAGUGCCUCCUCCUGCACUUCCCUCAUCAAACAGAACACAGACAGGUGCACUGCAGGCACCCUGCAAAUCCAUAUCCAAAUGUCAACACGCCCGGAGUCAAGGGCCUGCAUGCCAGCAGCUGCAGCGGCAGGCUCUCCUUCCCUGUUGAUUGAGAUAUGGGAUGAGACAGAACUUGGCUUGCUUACGUAACAUCUUGUGGUAUCUUGUGAACUGUGGGUUUUUUUCCCUGAUGUGCUAGAGAGAAGAAAAACAGCUAAGUUUCUAAAAUGACAGCUCUUUAUUUCUAAAUGAGUUCGAACAACUGAUUAAAUUAUGUAUUUUAUUUCCUCUGUGACUAUCAUAUCACAUGAAUAUUUUAUUUUAAA